AUGUGUGUCCUUGUCUGUAUUGUUAUACACCUUGUCUCUCUGUGCAUUAUGAAUAGAGCCUUGGAGGAGACGCAGACGGAAGGCCACAGGGAAGGAUGCACAGAGGGCGAAGCAGCGGCAGACAGCGGCCCAUUGCGCGAAGGUGAGGCGGAGGUGGACGAGUAUCAGCGGCGGCUGGCCCUGGCCUGUCCGCCUGUGGUGACAUACGGGACGUACCGCGGCCAGAGGGACAGACGCAGGAUGAGGCGGAGGCACCAGGUGCAGGUGGACUUCCCCAUCUCAGAGGGGGAUGAGGCCCUGCAUGGGAGGGGUUCAACCUCCGGGGGGGAGGGUAGCCCCUUGGGUGGGGUGACACCCUCCAGUUUAGAACUCACCAUUUCAAAGCAGAGUGACAUUCAGACCAUAUCGACCAAUCAGAUUAGAGCUCCAACCUCAGAGACCAAUGAGAGAGGAGCUUGGACUUCCAAAACAGAUUCUGCUGUUUUGGGUCCAACUGGACUUGGCUCUAGUCACAUUCCACUAACAACGGAGACAGCAGAAAGGGCUGGGAGUCAAAGUGCCUUCCCUUUACCCAGGGAGGCAGGCCUGCCUACUGUAGGAGCCCAGGCCAAGGACUUUCUCUCUGGUGUUGGCUCAGUCACAGGCUCCCCUCCCCCUCACGCACCCACAGAGGACUCUGUUGAUGCCAGGACUAGUACAGCAGGCAGUGAGAGCCAUAGUGGGGAGCAGAGCCCGCGGGAUAGAAUCACUCAUACAGAGAUGGCCAGCGAGGACACACACAGGGACAGAGACACAGGGCUGAUGGAGCAGACAGAAACCUUAUCUGCACACUGUGUCCAGACUGGGUCACCUUCAUUAGCUGCUGCUGCGUGGCUCAGCGAGCCGCCAGGCGCCGGGGGGACUGCGCAGCACACUCACCUGCCUGCUGGUGUUUCUGAUGUCGAUGGAGGCCAGCUGGCUCCGCAUCCCAUUUCACCGUCCGCCUCGCUUGCAUCAGUGGCCAAAAGCCAGGGACCCAUGCCAGCAACUAUGCACUCAGAUUCUGGGGAUGUACUGGAUUCAGGCGCUGGUGCUGGACUGCACUGCUUUGAGUCAGGGGAGGAGGGGGAUGCUGGUCCUUCAGACAAUCUGUUUGAUGAGGCCCUUCAUUUGGAGUCUAAAGUGAUGGUGGAUAACAUUCUGAGGAAUGCUUUAGCGGCCCAGGAGAGAAUAGAAUCCUCUGAGUUGGAGGGGGAUGAAGUGCUCCAGAAGGCCAGUGAGGAGACUUACCUGGUCCUAUCUGUAGGUCGAGAGGAGGGGGGCAUGGAGCAGUCCUUCGAGCCAGAUAAGCUCCUGGAGGUAAGGCCUUCAGAGAGGGGGGAUGACAAACACCCCUCAGCCUUCCCGGCAGAACAGACCCUCUCGUUGAACCCUAACCCUCUGGCGGAGGGCCCCAGGUCUACCCCCUCCUCGGGGUACGAGUCUAUCGCAGGCUCGGACAUUGACAUCAGGAGCAGCCCUGGGCCGGCCUGUGAGACCAGUGCACCCACCAUCUGUGUCUCAGACCACAGGCAGGGAGAACACUGUGCCGAGGGGACUCCAGGCACUGGUCACCAGGUACAGGUCAAAGGUCAACAGCUAAUGGAUGCUAAUGCUAAUGAGCAUCCGCAAGGGGAAGAGGAUUCCCAGCCAAACAAACCUAUCACGUGUGAAUACAGUGGCGAUAAGCACCAGGGAGAUGUGUUGCCUCGCUUGAGCGGUGGAGUGUCCUUCGAGAAACCAGGUAUCCAUGGUGACAGUGGGGAUAUUAUUCAAAUAAUGAGAGCGAGUCAUGAGUAUGAGUCUGUCUCAGGGAAAUCAAAUGAAAACAAAGAUCAAGUGCUCGGCACUUUAGGGGACAAUGGGUAUAACGAGGUGCUAGGCGUUAAAGAAACACAGGUAGGAGAUGGAGCAGUCCACGUAGCCAAAGAUGAUAUCGAAAGCAACAGACAUAGUCCUAAACAAGAUGGUAAUGCUCAAUAUGGUCCUGUUUCUGUGUCAAAUAACUCUGAAAGUCCUAAUAAGCUCAACAGCACUCUGAAUGACAAUACUUCCUUCAGAAACCAAACAGCAUUUCCUGAGCCUGAUCUGCUUAGGAAAGGUUCCAAACAUGAAGCUAAGGGCAAUUCUGAGGCAGACCUUAUGUCCGUCAGACCAAAACACACGCAAAACUUACUACAACCAUCUCAAGUCAGACAUGCUAAAAGUCUGAAGCCUAUUGCCUGUAUAACUCUUCAUGAUGAAGGCCAAGAGAGCGGUCCUGAAAUAACACUGAAUGUUCCUCAGACUGAGACCAAUGGGCCGAAUGACACUACGGUCAAUGGGGAUCAAAGCUUUGCCCUGGUUGAGACUUGCUUAGCCUCUGUAGUCUCAGGUGGCUCUGACUCUGGGGGUGAGGAGGAUGGGGCCGACAGCAGACCCACAGGAACCAUCUGCGUGGACCCCUCUUCCUCAAGGAGACUCCCCACGGACCUGAGCACCUCAGAGGGCCUUGAGUCUAAUUCAGCCCCUGGCUCCGGUAACAAGGACAUGCCACAGAGGAGCUCGGUGAGAGCGUAUCGCUGCGAUGUCUCUCCGCAGCAGCAGAGUCAGGACUCAGAGACACCAGGACACGGUGGUGCAGGUUCAGCAGCAGCUAUGGCAGGGUUUCACCAGGACCUGAGCAGCAGGCUAGCUGGGCUCCAUGCUACAGGGGCUACAGGAGGCCGGAGAGUCCCAGCCCUGGAACCUCUCCUCCCAGUCCCCCAGCUUGCCUUCCACGACAUGGAGGCGAGUGGUUUCUCCAUUAUCGACGAGGAAGAGGAGACGGAUGCCGUGUUUGUCAAUGACACAGGCCCCAUGCUGAGCCCCACAGCGCGGCGGGCCAAGGCCUACCCUUUCUCUUUGUCACCCAUCGUGGAGGAGGACAGUCUCCGCGGUGAGGAGGCGGUGGAGGGGAGCCUGUCGUGGGAUGACAGGGGCCUCAUGGUGCCCCCAGCCACAGAGGAGCUGAGGAGUCUGAGCGGAGGUGUGGGGAUGGAGCAGCUGGCCUCAUCCUCCUCUCUGUCCAUCCUGUCCCUGCUGCAGUCGGUCAGCGAGCGCCUGCAGUCCAGUGGCUACUCCGACAUGGACGCAGACUCAGAGGAGCCCUCCACCCCUCCUCUACGGCGCCCCCUAUGGGACUUCUUUAACAGGGGCCAGGCAGAGGGUGAGGAGGGGGAUGACCAGGGAAUGGAUGGAGACCAAAGCAGCAAGCAGGAGGGCCCAGGCUCUCUGACACUUCCUACUGAUCCAUUCACUAUGGGUCUUCGAGAAGGGGAUCCAACGGAAGACUUGAACAAUCUGUCCACCCCUCAGAUUACAAUCCAAAAGCCUGCAGAUUCACCCAUGUAUCAGUACUUGAAAUUAGCGCAGCCAGUGUUGCCAGAGCCUGAUGAUGACAACAGUAAACAUCAUGCCAAACUCGUUCCGUGCCUCCGUAAUAACAAGUGUCCAUCAACAGCAACUGACAUGGUAAGUUCAACAGCAACUGACAUUUUUAUUCAACAAUAUUAUAUAAAAAGCUCAUUAUGCAGACAUUAAGAAGUUAAUAUAUGCUAAUAUUUGACUCCUGUUGAUAUAAUUUUAGGGGGGAAAUUGGAGUUGUGGAAAGGUCAUCCCAAGGCCUACUCUGGUGAGUUUCCAUCUUUUACAUGACUAGUACUUUCUCACUGGCACGCUAAUUUCUGAGGCAGUCUGCCUCCUAAUCGCUGUGCUUAAUAGAUUGGAGAUGCCAGACUGCCUUUGAGCUGGACAGAACAUUUCUCUUCCAUUAGCUAAUGAUACCUCAGGCUGUAGAAAGUAGGGCAGCAACUCUUCUUUUUUUAGUUUAAUCUCUUACUAAAUGGAAAUGAGAUCUCAAUUAUGCAACUGCCUAUUCAUUGCUGUAAAAGGCUAUCCCAUCUGCUGAUGAGGGCUGUAGUAUCUCAGGAUCUGUACAAAGGAGUGCGGAUCUCGUCUAUAGCACUCUAAUGACAAGUAAAAACCACCUCCAAUGGCAGUCUGCAGCCUUGAAAGCUGAAUACAACAGUGAAACAGUGAGUCAGGAUCUUGGAGCACAAUCACAGUAAUAUUCCUGUGGUCUAGCACUGUAUAUGUAGAUUGUUUCAUCCAAAUAAAACAAAUCAGGAAUGGGUUUUUCCCACAAACAACUUGUAUGCAGUUUUACAUAGAUUAUGAAGUUUAUAGGCUCACAACACAGGCAGUGAACAAAGCACUGGGUGCCAGGGAUUUUGUCUGCAUUGUUGUUUCACACAAUCACUAAUGGAAUUGCCUUGCAACAACACAACCAAGCUUUUCUGUACCAUUAGCCGUGCUGAGAAAGUAUUUGUUUUGAAGGAUGAAACAAAGGGAGCAAAGCAGCAAAACUAUCAAGACUUGGAAUGAAAGCAGGCAGAGUCUUGUAGGCUGGUAGGAUUAACGGAUGAAAAAACAGCGUGUUAAUUAUAGAAGAGGCAGUGUUUUAUAAUGACUGCUUGAGGCAACUUGUGGGCUGGUUGGGGGAUUAAGGACACCCUUCUCUCGUCCUAGGCCCCCCUCCUCUCUCCCUUUUCCUCAUCAGAACUAAGUCUAGGGGUCUCAGGCAUAGUCACUCAGCACCGUGAUCCAUGCUGGAAACCCUUCCCCUCUGGCUUUUGAAACCUGACUGUGUUCACUCGCACCCAGCUUAUCAUGAAAACAACACCAAACCGCCACAGUUCAGCUGUAACACAAAUAUGAUCAAACUUUGAAAAAGCAUGACAUUUAAUUAUUGUUUGUGUCCUCUGUAUUGAGUCAAUAAAUCAAACUCUGUUUAAAGAUCAUUUGCGGAGGUCGUCUGUCAGACCAUCUAUUUUACAAUAUAGCGCACAUGUUGCUUUCUACUGUUUCCUAAUGACUUCCUCUCUGUUUCUUCAGAUGAACAUCUAUGAUGGUGUGACAUUCUCUGGGGAGAUGUGGGAGAUCCACACAGACCAGGAGGAUUCUGGGAUGGUGUUUCUGCAGGGUGCCUCGGUGCGAGUCCUGGGAGGAUGGUAAGAGGACCUUUAGAGCAAGUGGACUUCUUUUAAGGUUGCUCACUAAAAACAGGAAAGAUGCUCUUUAUGAGGUUGUAUAUACAUCUUUGAAUGACCAACUGUCUGGGCUUCCAGAAGUGGUUCUUACGGACCAAGGCCUAGAGUUUGUUGAAGCAGAUAGUUGAAAAUCUGUCAAACUUGUAGAAGUCCCCUGUAAAAUAGCCCACCUGGAUCAGAAUGAGCCAGCCCUUCUGUAGCGUCAUCCUCUGCUUUGGACUACUACCCAUGUCUCAUCCCCUCCCUGUCUUACUCAUGCACUCUUAUGGAAAAAGAGACAAAAUCAGAACAUUUUGUUUAAAUCGUGAUUGAUUCCUCUGAGCCCCCAUAAUGUUCCUUCCCACUGUGUGUGUGUGUGUGGGGGGGGGGGGGUUAAUCUCCUGGGCUGGUGGUGACAGACAGUGAUUGGGUCAUUUAUCGCUUUUCACUCCCAUUGAAUAGGCCUGUCUGCUGAUUAAUCUACCCUCGCCAGACCUUCUUUUAAUGUGAUGCCACAAGCUGCUUUCUGCCCCAAUCACAUUGUGAGGCGGCACAAUUAGUCAUAAGGGUUGCGUAAUAAGCCACACGAACACUGCCGUCACUGCACUGGUGCGGUAGUGCGCCGAUGCUAAAUGAAUAUAGGAAAAACACUGUACAUCAAUGUACUAUCAGCUCCAUAUCAUCUUACUACUGCGGUGGUUCCAUUUAUAUUUCAUGAUGGAAAAGCUCAAAAGUAUUCAUAUAUACUAGCAAUAAGUUUAGUUGUUAAUAUUCAUAUCAUGCUGCACUAGGUUUAACUAAUGCACAUGACAGUGUGUCUCUGUGCCUCUCUGCCAGGGGCAAAGCAGAUUUACGUACAGAGAAGUCUGGCAGCUGUGCGCUAUGCUGUAAGACUGCUCUCAUAUUUAAUGGAUGCAGAACGAGAAACCUUCAGUCUUGCGAACAUGUUCUGCCGCCGUGUGCUUUUUGUCAAACGACUCACGCAAAGGCAGGCUCGCUCGACUCUGCGCGGCAUCACUAGCGAAAGUUUGGUGCCUUACGCAAUAUCUCAUGCUUAAUGGAUGGACCCACCUUCCAUUUGUGUACUAGUACAUUGGCUCAGCCCCCCUUUCAGAGCUCUAGUCCUGUUGUAUUAUUUACACCAAACCGUCAUUCCCAAACAAAAAGUGGGAAAGGCAAAGCAGCUUUCAGACCAUGUGAGUGGGAGCUCUCUCCCCCGUCCACAAGAGUGGUGGAGAGAGAGGAAGCGAAUCACGUUGCAGCUGCGUUGUUGUGCUUCUGUGUUCUCCCCCAUCCACUUCUUAGGUUAACCGACCGACUGGCGUCCCAUUGUUCCCUCUACGGUCCACAGAGGAAGUAAUGUGAAGGACCGUUUAGUUCUUCCCCAAACUAGUUUUGAUUUGCAGUACAAGGGCUACUUUACAGGUUGACUUAUUCAAGUUUGACAGAUUUUCAACUAUCUGACUCAGCAAACUACUAGUGGAUGCCCAGAGUGUUGGUCAUUCAACGUUUUGAAUUCAGUUCAAGUUCAUCAGUGAAGGUGUGAGCCACAAAUACGUUCCCCUACAUGCUAAUUAUGAGGGAAUAGAUUUUCUCGUGAGAUGCUUCCUCCCUCCUUGGGCCUCAUCCCCAGCAGCCUAUCCUAUCAGGAGCUAUUGAUCUCUGUCUCUCAUGGUGGAUGUAUAAUCAGUGAAAGCAGCCUAAGCCUUUUAGGAGAAUCCUGACUGUCUGAGUCAAAAUAGACAGAUUGCUACCGAUUCAAAGCAGUUCCUGACCAUCCACAUAGAUUAUUUAUGGAAGGGGACAGUGAUUAACAUGGGAAAAAGUCCCUGAAAAUACUUGUUUAUGGGCUACUGGCGACACAAACACACACACACACACACACACAAUAGUGUUGUUUACACUGCAUACAUCACAACGCCGUGUUAUUUUCAGAAUCCACAAUAUUGGCAAGUUUAUCCCCAGAUAAAAGGCAGUGUUCUGGUCAGGUCUCAGCAGGGAUAUUGAACUAUUGAAGGACUCUGCUGGGUUUCCCAAUGCCCCCUACUGUGUGCUCUGGGCCUGUCGUUCAGGGGCAUGAGUAAGCAGCUUUUAAUAUUUCAACAGAAGAAAAAAACAUUUGUGAGAGCCCAAUUGAUUUCCAUUACUGUCAGCACAGUGCUGUAAUCUUCUCUUCGACAUGUAACUUUAAUCACCAACUGUUAUAGUUAUUGUGUUGGGUGUGUGUGUGUACUGGUAGGGGUUGAGGGAGGGGGGGGGGGGUCUUUGAAUUCUAGGCCCUGUCACCAAGGUUUCCAUGGCAAUGACCCUGCUCUGUUUGUGUGUGCUCUGUGCAGUCAGUUGGUGGCUGGCGUCUCUUUUUGUACUAGUGGGUGAGAGAGAAUGAGAGUGUGAAUGCGUGUGUGUGAGAGCAAGAUCGAAGUGGGUGCUCACACAGUGUGUGUGUGUGUGUGUCGUAGCUGGCUGCUGUACCUGGAGCCGGGGUUCCGGGGCCCCUGGGUGCUGCUGGAGGAAGGGGAGACUGUACUGAGCCACCAACCAGGCCAGCAGCAGGUCAGCCAGGGGACAGAGAACAAGCCCACCACCAUCACCAUCGGCUCCAUAAGAAGACUAGUAAAGGUGGGUAUAUUUAUUACCAUUAAAUUACAUUGCCAUGUGCCAUUAGUGAUUUCUCUCCAACAUUUCUAUUGGGAGACAAUGGUUCAGUUAUUUAGACCUACCAGUUGCCUCCGGUCUCAGUCAAUCAUAAAUUGUAUUAAUUAAUCCUCUCCAUCUAAAUGGCAUGGCUUGAAUAGGAUUUUCUGUCGUUUUCAACUAACCUGUCCCUGUUACAAAUAGAAUAGAGACCAGUUGUAAAGUGAACAGUGUAGCCAUGCUGUAGUCUCAAAGGAUACAACAGGGGUAAAAUGCAGAAAAGCACGCAGCUGGAAGGACACUGAAGCUUUGGCAGAGGGCCAGGGUCUCUCUGUCUAAUCCUCCUCCUUUCAUUCUCUCCUCUAUUUCUCUGACAUUCUCUCUCUCUUACUCUCUCUUCCCCUCUAUCUUUCCCUCUCAGCCUUAGGCAUUAUAGUGGGGCCUGAUAGAGCAGGAUUGAUAGAGCGGUGUGUAGAGGAAUGUCUCCACAUGUUGAGGGAAUGUUGUUGUGUGUCUCUCACCGUUCAGGAUGACGGCACUCCAGAAAUUCAUCUGCUUCCGAUCGGAGCGCCAGGAGGAGCCACGGAGCAUCUCCACUCGGAAGUGGACAUCUUGGGAACACGUGGUGGACCUAUCCACCUGUCAAACCUGACUGUUAAGUCUGGCUGGUGAGGAGCCCUAUCCUAUUCCUAGCCUGUUAGUGGUAACUGUAACUGUGUAGAGGAACUCACUGCCAUUGUGUGAGGGAGAGCUUCAGUAGCUACAGGCUAAAUAGACUAAAAUAGGAAGCGCCAUCAUUGCUAAAACAACGGGGGAAAUUACUAAUUGAGGAGAUGUGUCCUUGCCAACCGGCGUCUAAUUGUUUCAACUGAAUUUGGGUGGAUUGUUCUCUGCUGAGUCAUUGAGCUCCAGCUGCUAGCAUGCACCUGCUAGGAAAGUCAAUUUCCUGCUCAAAGUAUUCUUUUCAGGUGUGUUUAUAAAGCACAAACAUUGGGUAUUACAGGAAUGUUUAAGAGAAUAGGGUGCUAAUAUACAAGUAGAAGUGACGCCCUGUCCAGUUCAGGAAUGAACACUUUGAAAUGAAGUUUUCGCAUGACUCACUUCAGGGUGGAGGUAGUGAGGUAGCCUAGUUAUUGAGGUAACUCCUCAAUAAAGACUCUGUAAAACUUCACAAACACACCCACAUUUACGGUAGAAGAAAGCCACAUUUAGGAUCGGAAUUUGACUGCCAUAGUAUGAUGCAGCAGCCUCUGAUAAUUCUGACAGAUUGAUGAACCAACAACAGCAAACAUUAAAUGUUUUGGAAGCAUGCCAGGAUUUACGCCAGGCCAUUAGCAGUUUUUACAAGAUUAUACGUCUUUGUCAACAUUGUCUGGCGUCCAUUAAAAUAGUUAUAUAUUGUUCAACUACCACCCACUGCACCUUCUGCAUUGAAGCAGAAUGAAACAUUAAAAGGUCAAGACAUCUUAGUUGUUCCAUAGUAACAGAUUUUCAAUACAAUGUUUUUUCUUUCACAGAGAAGAUAAAGGGGUUUCUAUUGUAGUGGAGAUUAGUGACACUGACUGUAUGACUUUGGACAAAGUAUUGUUGUUUCUUUCAAUCAUGUUAUUUUCUAUUUUAAAUAUAUCACAGUCACCAACAACAACAUACCACAUAUACACAAAACACACACACAAUCACCAAAAACAGCGUAACACAAUACAACAUAUACACAAAGCACACAAAAAAUAGCAACAACAAUGUCGAGGUCUUCAAAAAAAUCUAACAUGGUACAAUAAGCAAAUAAGAAAAUGAAUUCUACUCAUCAUUACUCGCAGGUAGCUUAGUGGGUAAGAGCGUUGUGCCAGUAACCGAAAGGUCGCUGGUUCUAAUCCCCGAGCCGACUAGGUGGAAAAUCUGUCAAUGUGCCCUUAAGCAAGGCACUUAACCCUAAUUGCUCCUGUAAGUCGCUCUGGAUAAGAGCGUCUGCUAAAUGACUAAAAUGUAAAUGUAAAAUGUACUCUUUUUUUAUAGUUUUCCUGGCAAAUAAUGAAGCAUCUUCCAAAAAAAAGAAGAGUGAAAAUGUACUGUAUACAGUGCAUUCGGAAAGUAUUCAGACCUCUUGACUUUUUCCACAUUUUGUUACGUUACAGCCUUAUUCUAAAAUGCAUGAAAUUGUUUUUUCCCCUCAUCAAUCUACACACAAUACCCCAUAAUGACAAAGCAAAAACAGGUUUUUGCACAUGUAUUACAAAUACAAAAUGGAAAUAUCACAUUUACAUAAGUAUUCAGACCCUUUAAUCAGUACUUUGUUGAAGCACCUUUGGCAGCGAUUACAGCCUUGAGUCUUCUUGGGUAAGAUGCUACAAGCCUGGCACACCUGUAUUUGGGGAGGUUCUCCCAUUUUUCUCUGCAGAUCCUCUCAAGCUCUGUCAAGUUGGAUGGGGAGCGUCGCUGCGCAGCUAUUUUCAGGUCUCUCCACAGAUGUUCGAUCGGGUUCAAGUCCGGGCUCUGGCUGGGCCACUCAAGGACAUUCAGAGACUUGUCAUGAAGCCACUCCUGCGUUGUCUUUGCUGUGUGCUUAGAGUUGUUGUCAUGUUGGAAGGUGAACCUUCGCCCCAGUCUGAGGUCCUGAGCGCUCUGGAGCAGGUUUUCAUCAAGGAUCUGUCUGUACUUUCCCCAUUCAUCUUUCCCUCGAUCCCGACUAAUCUCCCAGUCCCUGGUGUUGAAAACCAUCCCCACAGCAUGAUGCUGCCACCACCAUGCUUCACCGUAGGGAUGGUAUUGGCCAGGUGAUGAGCGGUGCCUGGUUUCCUCCAGAAGUGACGCUUGGCAUUCAGGCCAAAGAGUUCAAUCUUGGUUUCAUCAGACCAGAGGAUCUUGUUCCUCAUGGUCUGAGUCCUUUAGGUGCCUUUUGGCAAACUCCAAGCAGGCUGUCAUGUGCCUUUUACUGAGGAGUGGCUUCUGUCUGGCCACUCUACCAUAAAGGCCUGAUUGGUGGAGUGCUGCAAAGAUGGUUGUCCUUCUGGAAGGUUCUCCCAUUUCCACAGAGGAACUCUGGAGCUCUGUCAGAGUGACCAUCGGGUUCUUGGUCACCUCCCUGACCAAGGCCCUUCUCCCCCGAUUGCUCAGUUUGGCCAGGCGGCCAGCUCUAGGAAGAGUCUUGGUGGUUCCAAACUUAUUCCAUUUAAGAAUGAUGGGGGCCACUGUGUUCUUGGGGACCUUCAAUGCUGCAGAAAUGUUUUGGUACCCUUCCCCAGAUCUGUGCCUCGACACAAUCCUGUCUCGUAGCUCUACGGACAAUUCCUUCGACCUCAUGGCUUGGUUUUUGCUUAAAUAGGACCUUAUAUAGACAGGGGUGUGCCUUUCCAAAUCAUGUCCAAUCAUUUGAAUUUACCAAAAGUGAACUCCAAUCAAGUUGUAGAAACAUCUCAAGGAUGAUCAAUGGAAACAGGAUGCACCUGAGCUCAAUUUUAAGUCUCAUAGCAAAGGGUCUGAAAACGUAUGUAAAUAAACUAUUUCUGUUUUUUUACUUUUAAUAAAUGUGCAAACAUUUCUAAAAACCUGUUUUCGCCUUGUCAUUAUGGGGUAUUGUGUGUAGAUUGAUGAGGGGAAAAAUAUUAUUUCAUCCAUUUUAAAAUAAGGCUGUAACGUAACAAAAUGUGGAAAAAUGGAGGGGUCUGAAUACUUUCCGAAUGCACUGUAUAUACAGUGUGAGAGUUCUCAAUAUACACUGAGUAUACCAAACAUUAGGAACACCUUCCUAAUAAUGAGUUGCAACCCCCCCCAUUUUGCCCUCAGAACAGCCUCAAUUCGUCGGGGCACGGACUCUACAAGGUGUCGAAAGCGUUCCACAGGGAUGCUGGCCCAUGUUCACUCCAAUGCUUCCCACAGUUGUGUGAAGUUAGCUGGAUGUCCUUUGGGUCGUGGACCAUUGUUGAUAUUCACGGGAAACUGUUGAGCAUGAAAAACCCAGCAGCGGUGCAGUUCUUGACACAAACCGGUGCGCCUGGCACCUACUACCAUACCCCGUUCAAAGGCACUUAAAUCUUUUGUCUUGCCCAUUCACCCUCUGAAUGGCACACAUACACAAUUCAUGUCUCAAUUGUCUCAAGGCUUAAAAAUAAUUAUUUAACUUGUAUCCUCCCCUUCAUAAAUACUGAUUGAAAUGGAUUUAACAAGUGACAUCAAUAAGGGAUCAUAGCUUUCACCUGGAUUCACCUGGUCAGUCUAUGUCAUGGAAAGAGCAUGUGUUCUUAAUGUUUUGUAUACUCAGUGUAUAUCCCAAGUAUUGGUUUUUGAUCAUGCAUUCAUACAGUUCAUGCAUUAAGCAAUGAACUUAGAAGCCUCCAUAAAUGCGAUGCCACAUAAAUCAGUAGAGGCUGGUGACUUUGAACAUUGAGGAGGAUGGGAGACCCACAUAGGCGCGGACCGCAUGGAGACAACAAACCGUGUUUAAAAAACCGUCGGACUAAUUAUUUUAACCUAAAGCAUUUAAUAAAGACAUUUAUAGUACAAUAUAAUGGGGAAUGGGAGUGAGAGGGCUACUUAGAGUGUUGGGAAGGGAUCACAGCAGUGAUUGAAUGAGGGUAUGAGGCAUGAGUUGUGUCUCCCGAGUGGCGCAGUGGUCUAAGGCACUGCAUCGCAGUGCUAGCUGUGCCACUAGAGAUCCUGGUUCGAAUCCAGGCUCUGCUGUAGCAGGGAGGUAGCUCAGUUGGUAGAGCAUGGCGUUUGCAACGCCAGGGUUGUGGGUUCGAUUCCCAUGGGGUAUGAAAAUUACAAAUAAUAAUGUAUGCACUAACUGUAAGUCGCUCUGGAUAAGAGCGUCUGCUAAAUGACGUAAAUGUAAAUGUAAUGAGUUAAGGUGUUCAGAGGCUUGACUUCAGUGCAGGACAGGGGUUGAGGUGUUCAUAGGCUUCAGUGCAGGACCAUCAUGGAUGGAUGGUGUUGGAGAAAAGCUCAACUCUUCCACUGAGGGCAGGACAUGAUUUGACUGGGAAGACAAAAAACAAUAACACAACACACUACACAGUUAGACAAAAGAGCUAAGAAUUUGUUUGUCCAAGCAAGGAGUAUAAUCAUUGAUGUGUAAUAAUAUGAUUGUGUUUGUGUAUGUGAUUGACUCUACAUACAAUAAUGACAAAAAAUUGACAGGUCUACUCACAGUGCUUGAAGAGGAAACAUUCACUGUGCCAGUGGAUGAGAGGGCACAUGAAACAUGGCUUCAGUUAAUGUCAGGAGAGAGUUGACAAUGGUAGUGGAGUGGAGAGGUCAUCACCUCUUAAUCAGGAACAGGAAAGGACUUGUAAAUAUAAAUAGCAGAUACAUUCUGUUACAGCAGCGCCAUCAUAGGUUUGGGCAACAAGUUUCUCCAUGAAGUUAAACUCCGACAUCUCAGAAUUCACAAAGUUGAACACAGACUGCGAAUUUCUCCCACUUGACACAUCAAAGUAGCCCAAGAAACGUUUCUGAAUAAAGCUCUGAUCAUCCACAUACCUGACGAUAACUGACAACUGCGAGCAGACUGGUGGCACCAUAGGUCCCAGAGUGGUGGGGAAAUGUUUUCCCCCUUGGAUCUGGAGUUUUUCCUUAUCUGGUAAACUAACCAGGAAAACUCCAGACCCUAUAGGGUAUGACAGUGAUUAAAAAGGUUUUAUACGGGCUAUGAUGGGACCAGUUUUUCGAAUCAGAUCACAUAGUUUAAAAAAACUCCUGUAAAAAAACUCCUGGCCCUGGGGAGGAUGAGAACCCUGUCAAACUGCAGCAACCUUAUACAUUUAGACUAGACUAAUAGGGGGGUUUCCUCUACCCAGACAGAGAGACAACAUGGAUGGACAAUAGAACUCACAGGGCUGAGCUUGCUUAAUGCAUGUUUGCAUCAUGCAGGCCUAUGCAACUGUAUUUGUAUUUAUUAGGGAUCCCCAUUAGCUCUUCCUGGGGUCCAAACAUAUUAAAACACUUACAUUACAUAUAAAACAAAAUAUAAAACAGUACAUCAUAUUGUAGGCCUAAUUAAACAUUUACUCACAGUCUAUGUCAUCACUAUUAUGUUGAUUGAUUAAUUCCAGUUAAUCAUUUUGGAUUGAAAAGGUAUAGGCAGCCUAGCCAGCCCAAGUUUGAAUAUAAACCAAAUUUGAUCACAUUCACAUUUUCUCCUGACACACAAAUGGACUAUAAAUACUUAACGUUACCAAUUAGUUUACCCUUACCAGAUGGACAGGGUGCAUAGGCUGUAUGCAGCUGCUAUAUUAGUAGCCUACAGUUGAUCAGACUGAAAAAUCAUCUGGUUUUCAUCCCAUACAGCAUGUCAGAUUUCUAAUGUUUAGGUGUAGCCUAGGCUGCUGCAACAUUUAUGUAAUUAGUUUUUAUUUGUGUCUGUCCGGAGUCAAGCUCGCUUUUUAAUCUCACUUUUAUUGGAUGAUGCGAUGGAAGCAAUCAAAUCAUUCUGAAUUGAUUUCGACAUCCCAGAGAAGACAUGAGGAAGUUCCAUAUGCUCAGCAAGUAAAGCAUCGUAAUGUGCAAUUAUCUCUGCAAGCUCCUUGUAGUUGCCCUUGUUAUCUGAACUUUCCUGCUCAUCGUGCCCUUAAGUAAAAGCCAACUCUUGCCGAUAAGCUGCUUGUGACCCUGUUUCUUCUUACCUUCUUGUUGUUGUUGCACAAUUUGAAUAUGCAGACGUUCGUCCAUUACAGCUUGAAUCUGAUGUGGGCAAUGAAAGGGGUUCUUCAACAAAAAAUCCACAACAUUUUUGUUAGCAUUAGCUAGCCAUUCUGGCGGAGAAAACUGCACUCUGGUAGCUAGCUACUUGAUACCUAAGUUAGUGCAAUUUAUUUCAAUUUGCCUUGCUAACUCCACACAAAAAUAAAGUUCUAAAACCAAUAAAACAAUAUAUAAUCUACCUCCUCCGUCUCCUGUAGUUUGAAUAAACUAAUUUUAAUUGAAUGAUAUCCUAAAAAUGCUCAACUAUGCUCAACUAAUGCUUCACUCUCAAUCUCUAUCCAAUAUGUCACCAACUCACCAAGCUUCUCAACACAUAGAAACCCCAAAAUGCUCUGUGGCACAACCCCAAUACACCACACUAGGUUCGUUCUCUGAUCCUAAUCCUAUGACUGGAUGGGCAACAUGUCAGUUCAUAUUGCAAAAGCUAUGAUUGGUUGGAGGACGUCCUCCGGAAGUGGUCAUAAUUACCAUGUAGGGCUAUGGAAGGGGGUAAGGCCUACAAGACUCCUAGGUUUUGUAUUGAAGUCAAUGUAGCCAGAGGAGGAGGGGAAAUGGCUGUCCUCUGGCUACACAAUGGUGCUAGCCUAGAAUGUGUUGUUGAGACUACUGUUGACCUUCAUUGAAAAACAUUGUGUUUUAAUCAGGUAUUUGGUGACAUGAAUAUAUUUAGUAUAAUUUUAUCUAAAAAGGAUAACUUUUUUAAUGUUUCAUUAUUUAAAAUGUUUCUGAAAUACACUGAGUAGGAUGGUCCUCCCCUUCCUCCUCUGAGGAGCCUCCACUGACAUAAAUUGAUAAUGUUUACCUGUAACUUGAAAACAAUGUCAAAUACACCAGAUGCUUGUAGCAAAAGCAUCUGAAUAGCAAACAAGAGAGAUUAGAUUAUAAUGCCUUGAUCUUGUUUUUCCACCUUAGUUGGCUUGCCUAUGACAACCCUGGUUUCCAUGGGAACUAUGCAGUUAUGGAAGCAGGUGGCUCCCCAACAUCUGGCGCAGGUCAUCCCCAGGUCACCGCUGUGAGGUCACUGAGACCCCUCAGAAUGGUAAGGUUUCACCAAGGUGACAUCACUCCGAGGUGGCUGACACUGCUUGGCUGUGGUCGGGGUUGGGCUCAAUUCCAUUUCAAUGCUAUCCACGCAGGAAAGGAAUUUAUAUUUGAUUUUGACAUUGGAAUUGGCCCAUCGUUUUAGCCGGGUAGAAUUUGCCCAUAGGAUUUCUUCAAUGUAAUAGGCUAUGUUUCAACAUCUCUCAGAAAUAUACAGUGCCUUCAGAAAGUAUUCACACCCCUUAACUUUUUCCAAUAAAAAUGUGUGUUACAGCCUGAAUUUAAAAUGGAUUAAAUUGAUAUUUUGUGUCACUGGCCUACACACAAUACCCCAUAAUGUCAGUGAUUUAAAAAAACAAAUUAAUUAAAAAUGAAAAGCUGAAAUGUCUUGAGUCAAGAAGUAUUCAAUAAGUAUGACAAGCCUAAAUAAGUUCAGGAGUAAAAUUCUGCUUAAAAAGUCACAUAAUAAAUUGCAUGGACUAGUGUUUAAAAUUGAUUUUUUAAAGACUACCUCAUCUCUGUACCGCACACAUACAAUUAUCUGUCAUGUCCCUCAGUCGAGCAGUGAAUUUCAAACACAGAUUCAACCACAAAGACUAGGGAGGUUUUCCUCGCAAAGAAGGGCACCUAUUAGUAGAAGGGUAAAAAAAAAAGGCAGACAUUGAAUAUCCCUUUGAGCAUGGUGAAGUUAUUAAUUACACUUUGGAUGGUGUAUCAAUAUGCCCAGUCACUACAAAGAUACUGGCAUCCUUCCUAACUUUAGUUGCUGGAGAGGAAGGCAACCGCUCAGGGAUUUCACCAUGAGGACAAUGGUGACUUUAAAACAGUUACAGAGUUUAAUGGCUUUGAUAGAAGAAAACUGAGGAUGGAUCAUAUAUUCCAAAACAUUGAACCCUGUUUGCAGUAAGGCACUAAUCUAAAACUGCAAAAAAUGUGGCAAAGAAAUUAACUUUAUGUCCUGAAUACAAAGCGUUAUGUUUGGAGCAAAUACAACACAUCACUGAGUACUACUCUUCAUAUUUUCAAGCAUGGUGGUGGCUGCAUCAUGUUAUGGGCAUGCUUGUCAUCGGCAAGGAUUAGGGAGUUUUUGAGGAUAAAAAGAAACGGAAUAGAGCUAAGCACAAGCAAAAUCCUAGAGGAAAACCUGGUUCAGUCUGCUUUCCAACAGACACUGGGAGACAAAUUCACCUUUUAGCAGGACAAUAACCUAAAACACAAGGCCAAAUAUAUAAGGAAUAGUUUCACUGCGCUGGUGCCUGAUCUACCUGCGCCUUCAUCGCUGGGAUUGCCUGUGUCUGCGACGGCGGUGCUGACUCCAACUACGCUGUCUCCAGCACCGGCUUCGUUGUCGAGUUCGGCUCCUUUCCCUCUCUCUGGAUCUGACGGGGCACUGCCUGCUGUGGGAGGUCUGGACCUGUUGCCGGGAGCAGCGGGCGUACGCUAUACUGAUUCUCGUGGACCCGUGAAAGGUUCAACGAAUUGUAUGAGGGGUAGGAAUGGGCGGAUUUCUCCAUUCCCUUCUCCGACCGUUGUGUUGGGCAGUUCAAUGCUGAGAAAUGUCUCAGUUCCUGGAGCAAAAACGUUGUGCUAUCUAAGAGCAAGAGUACAGGACAUCAAUAAGCUGCUCCCAAACAUUUUAAACAAGCAUCAGGAAAUUGAGUCUAUCAUAGUUCAUGUGGGAUUCAAUGAAAUUAUGAAGGGCAGCUUAUUGAUGUCCUGUACUUGUGCUCUUUGAUAGUUUUUGAAGAUGGAUUUUAAAGAACUGAUUGGGUCACUGCUUGACACCAACAAACGCUCCAUAAUGGCCCUCUCUCUCCCUAAAUCGUGGCAUUGAAUGUUUCAGCAGACUUUUAGCCCUCUAUAACUGGCUAUGAGACUAUUGCAGCUCUGUGGGUGUAACAUUUAUUGACUAUCUUCUGGAAACAAAGCUCGUUUUAUAAGGAGGAUGGGAUCCACCCAAAUCAUUUGGGUUCCUGGAUUGUUUCACAGCAUUAUAAGGCUGCGUUGAGACAAUGACUUAUCAAUGACCCAAGCCAAGCUCAGUUAAUCCCUACCAUUGUGUCGCUGAGUUGUCUAAAUGCUUCAGCAAAUGUACAUUAUCCCAGGGGCGUUGGAAGACACAGUGCAUUCGGGAAGUAUUUAGACCCCUUGACUUUUUCACCAUUUUGUUACGUUACAGCCUUAUUCUAAAAUGGAUUAAAUUGUUUUUUUUCCUCAUCAAUCUACACACAAUAGCUCAUAAUGAUAAAUCCAAAACAUGUUUUUAGAUUUCUUUGCAAAUUUAUACAAAAUAAAUAAAAUAUAUAUUUUGAUACCUUAUUUACAUAAGUAUUCAGACCCUUUGCUAUGAGACUCAAAAUUCCUUGAUAACCUGCUCCAGAGCGCUCAGGACCUCAGACUGGGACGAAAGUUCACCUUCCAACAGGACAACGACCCUAAGCACACAGCCAAGACAAUGCAGGAGUGGCAUCGGUACAAGUCUCUGAAUGUCCUUGAGUGGCACAACCAGAGCCCGGACUUGAACCCGAUCGAACAUCUCUGGAGAGACCUGAAAAUAGCUGUGCAGCGACACUCCCUAUCCAACCUGACAGAGCAUGAGAGGAUCUGCAGAGAAGAAUGGGAGAAACUCCCCAAAUACAGGUGUGCUGUAAUCGCUGCCAAAGGUGCUUCAACAAAGUACGGAGUGAAGGGUCUGAAUACUUAUGUAAAUGUGAUAUUUCCGUUUUUAUUUGUUAUACAUUUGCAAACAUUUCUAAAGAACUGUUUUUGCUUUGUCAUUAUGGGUUAUUGUGUGUAGAUUGAUGAGAUGCAAUUUUUUUGGGGAAUAAGGCUGUAACGUAACAAAAUGUGGAGAAAGUCAAGGGGUCUGAAUACUUUCCGAAUGCACUGUGUGUUAUGGCUUUACACCCCCUGCUAUUUUGUGUAUAAAGAGUUACCUGUCUAACAGAACACAGAGGGUGUUCUUUAAUGGAAGCCUCUCUAACAUAUUCCAGGUAGAAUCAGGAAUUCCCCAGGGCAGCUGUCUAGGCCUCUUACUUUUUUCAAUCUUUACUAACGACAUUUGAGUAAAGCCAGUGUGUCUAUGUAUGUGGAUGACUCAACACUAUACACAUCAGCGACUGAAAUGACUGCAACACUUAACAAAGAGCUGCAGUUAGUUUCAGAAUGGGUGGCAAGGAAUAAGUUAGUCCUAAAUAUUUUUUAAAAAUAAAGGCAUUGUAUUUCGGACAAAUCCUUCACUAAAACCUAAACCUCAAUUAAAUAUUGUAAUGAAUAAUGUGGAAUUUGAGCAAGUUGAGGUGACUAAACUGCUUGGAGUAACCCUGGAUUGUAAACUGUCAUGGUCAAAACAUAUUGAUACAACAGUAGCUAAAAUGGGGAGAAGUCUGUCCAUAAUAAAGUGCUACUCUGCCUUCUUAACAGCACUAUCAACAAGGCAGGUCCUACAGGCCCUAGUUUUGUCGCACCUGGACUACUGUUCAGUCGUGUGGUCAGAUGCCACAAAGAGGGAUUUAAGAAAAUUGCAAUUAGCUCAGAACAGGGCAGCACAGCUGGCCCUUGGAUGUACACAGAGAGCUAACAUUAAUAAUAUGCAUGUCAUAUUUGUGAGAGGUAUUGACAUGUUAAAUGCACCGAGCUGUCUGUUUGAACUACUGGCACACAGCUCGGGCACCCAUGCAUACCCCACAAGACAUGCCACCAGAGGUCUCUUCACAGUCCCCAAGUCCAGAACAGACUAUGGGAGGCGCACAGUACUACAUAGAGCCAUGACUACAUGGAACUCUAUUCCACAUCAAGUAACUGAUGCAAGUAGUAGAAUCAGAUUUUUAAAAACAGAUACAAAUACACCUUAUGGAACAGCGGGGACUGUGAAGAGACACAAGCACAGACAAAUGCAUACACACACACGAUACCAUACGCACUAUACACACACGUACACAUGGAUUUUGUGUUGUAGAUAUCUGGUAGUAGAGUAGUGGCCUGAGGGCACACACUUAAUGUGUUGUGAAAUCUGUUGUGAAUGUAUUGUAAUGUUUUUAUAAUUGUAUAAACUGCCUUAAUUUUGCUGGACCCCAGGAAGAGAAAUGGGGAUCCAUGUAUUUGUAUUUAUUUUGGGGAUCCAUAAUAAAUACAAAUACAAAUAUACAGUCGAGUUGCUUACCAAGACGACAUUGAACGUUCCUGAGUGGCCUAGUUACAGUUUUGACUUAAAUCGUCUUGAAGAAAUCUAUGGCAAGACUUGAAAAUGGCUAUCUAGCAAUGAUCAACAACCAAUUACAAAAUAUUAUGUCAAAGUGGAAGAAAAAUGUGAACAUUUUUUAAAGGUUAAUAAACAUUAAAUAAGUAAGAUAUAUUGGUUGCAUAAGUGUUCAGCUCCCUAAUUCAAUACAUGUUUGAAACACAUCUGCCAUCUAUUACAGCUGUGAGUCUUUUGUGGUCCUCUGUAGCUCAGCUGGUAGAGCACGGCGCUUGUAACGCCAAGGUAGUGGGUUCGAUCCCCGGGACCACCCAUACACAAAAAUGUAUGCACGCAUGACUGUAAGUCGCUUUGGAUAAAAGCGUCUGAUAAAUGGCAUAUUAAUUUAAUUAAUUGAUUAAUUAAUUAAUUAUUAAUUUUGGGUAAGUGUAUUGUGCAAUAUUUGCCUAUUAUUAUUUUCAAAAGUCUUCAAGCUCUGUCAAGAUAUUUGGGAUCAUGGCUAGACAGCAAUUUUCAAGUCUUGCCAUAGAUCUUCAAGCAGAUUGUAACUUGUCCACUCAGGAACAUUCACUGUCUUCUUGGUAACCAACUCCACUCUAGAUUUGGCCUUGUGUGGUUAUUGUCCUGCUGAAAGAUGAAUUCCUCUCCCAGUCUCGUGUAAAGCAGAUUGAAGACGUUUUUCCUCUAGGAUUUUGCCUGAAAAACUCUCCAGUAUUUGCCGAUGUCAAGCAUACCCAUACCAUGCAUGAUGCAGCCACCACCAUACUUGAAAAUAAGGAGGCAGUUACUCAGUCAUGUGUUGUGUGGGAUUUGCCCCAAACAAGGCUUUGCAUUUAGGCCAAAAAUGGUAUUCCUUUGCUGUGUUUUUGCAUCUUUUGGAAUAUUUGUAUUCUGUAUAUUUGUAUUCUUCUUUUCACUGUAAUUUAGGUCAUUAUUGUGAAGUCACUACAAUGUUGUUGAUCCAUCCUCAGUUUUCUCCCAUCACAGCCAUUUAACUCUGUAGCUGUUUUAAAAUCACCAAUGGUCUCAUGGUAAUAUAUCUGAACAGUUUCAUUCCUGUCCUGCAUCUCAGUUCAGAAGGACAACUGUAUCUUUGAUGUGUCUGGGGGUUUAAUACAUAAUCCACAGCAUAAUUAUUAACCUGACAAUGCUUCAGGAGAUAUUCAAUGUCUGACUUGUUAUUGUUACCCAUCUGCCAAUCACUGCCCUUAUUUAUUAGGGUUUUGAAAAGCUCCCUGGUCUUUGUAGUUGAAUCUGUGCUUGAAAUUCAAUACUUGACUGAGGGAUCUUACAGAUGUUGUAUGUAUGGGGGACAGAGGAAGGGUUAGUCAUUCAAGAAUCAUGUCAACCCCUAUUAUUUCACACAGUGAGUCCAUAUUAUGGGAUUUGUUAAGCCACAUUUUACUCCUGAACUAAUUUAGGCUUGCCUAAACAAAGGGGCUGAAUAUUUAUGCAACGACUAUAUUUUAGUUCAGAAUGUUUUAUUUAUCUUUUAAAAAAUAUAAAACAUUUCUUACACUUUGACAUUAGAGUAUUUUGUGUAGACCCAUGGAGCGGCGCACAAUUGGCCCAGCGUCGUCCAGGAUAGGGGAGGGAAUGGCCGGCAGGGAUGUAGCUCAGGGUUGUGGGUUCGAUUCCCACGGGGGGCCAGUAUGAAAAAAAAGAAACAAAUAAUGUAUGCACUCACUUAACUGUAAGUCGCUCUGGAUAAGAGCGUCUGCUAAAUGACUAAAAUGUAAAAUGUAAAUGUAGAUUGUUAAUUAAAUCCAUUUGAAUUCCACUGUAACACAAUAAAAUGUGAAUAAAUCCAAGGGGUCUGAAUACUUUUGCAAGGCACUGUAUAAGACUGAGCCUUGUUCUCAUCAAGGUUAGGUUUCAUUGUGUUCUGUGUCUCUCUGACAGAGAGGACUCCGAGUGAGGAGACCUCUGGAUCCUAAGGUAAGCAAGACAUUAUCAAUAGUGAAAGUACAGCAUAAACCCCUAUACCCUGCAGUUAAAUAAUCACAUCACUUUUCCCGAUGAUGAUGAUGAUUAAUUAUAAUGAUAAUGGAAGAAAAUUAAUUUGAAAAGUGCAUGAGAUAUAGUUUUUUUUUUUAUAGCUGUUGGUGUUCGAGCAGCCCCUCUUCCAGGGGCGGGGCAGAGAGCUGGGAAACCACACCCCCAGUCUGGGAGCUGUGGCUGGGCUGAAGGGGGCGUUGUCGCUACGGGUCAUUGGUGGAGUGUGAGUCCAAGCUGCAUACUUGAUUUAAGGUUUUUAUAACGUGUGUCUUUCUGCUGAAAACAGUUUCACAAUCUGCUGGUCGUGAUUACUCUGGAAUGCUGCCUCUACUGUAGUGUACUGUCAUAUAGAGCAACUGUAGCUCACCUCCCUGUGCAAACAUGAUCCAUGCAGAACCGGAAGUAUGUGUGCGUUCAUAUGUAAGUGUGUGUGCGUGCAUGCUUUGGUGUGGUGUGUAACAGGGAGGGUUGGUAAGCCUGAUAACAUUUCAAGUGUAACAUCUCAAAAAACCCAAACAUCACGAUCAAUCAAACAAUAAAGAUAUCACUGCUUUUUGUCAGAGGCAUUCCUUGGCAGUAUCUCAAGUGGAAUAUCCACCACUAAGAUACUGUUAUCAGCAUCACUGUAUCAUUGACACUCAGGCUCCUAUUCAAGCUGUGUGGGUAGAAGUAUUUAGCUGUGAUUUGACCUGUGACCUAUGUGUUUGACAGAUGGGUGGGCUACACUGGAGAGGACUACACAGGAUGGCAGUAUUUACUGGAGGAGGGAGAAUACAGUGACUGCGCAGAUCUGGGUGGAGCCGACCGCUCUCUGCUGCUCUCCUUCCGCUUCUUACAGGCA